UGUGUUCCCUCCCGCAGUGGACUUCAGUAUUCAGGUCCUCAGUUCCGGAUCGUGGCCCUUUCAGCAGUCUUGCACAUUUGCCUUGCCAUCAGAGUUGGAGCGCAGUUACCAACGAUUUACAGCUUUCUACGCCAGCCGUCACAGUGGCAGAAAAUUGACAUGGUUGUAUCAGCUGUCCAAAGGGGAACUAGUCACUAACUGCUUCAAAAACAGAUACACUUUGCAGGCAUCCACGUUCCAGAUGGCAAUCCUGCUUCAGUACAACACAGAAGAUGCCUAUACUGUGCAGCAGUUGACUGACAGCACUCAAAUUAAAAUGGACAUUUUGGCACAAGUCCUACAGAUUUUACUGAAGUCAAAAUUGCUGGUCUUAGAAGAUGAAAAUGCCAAUGUUGAUGAGGUGGAAUUGAAGCCAGACACCUUAAUAAAGUUGUAUCUUGGUUAUAAAAAUAAGAAAUUGAGGGUUAAUAUCAAUGUACCAAUGAAAACUGAACAAAAGCAAGAACAAGAAACCACACACAAAAAUAUAGAGGAAGACCGCAAACUACUGAUUCAGGCGGCCAUCGUAAGAAUUAUGAAAAUGAGGAAGGUCCUGAAACACCAGCAGUUACUUGGUGAAGUCCUCACUCAGCUGUCCUCCAGGUUCAAACCUCGAGUCCCAGUGAUCAAGAAAUGCAUUGAUAUUCUCAUCGAAAAAGAAUAUUUGGAGCGAGUCGAUGGUGAGAAGGACACCUACAGUUACUUGGCUUAACCCAUCUAGCAGGGUCUGCAUGACCCACAAGCAGAUAGUUCCAGUGAAUAAAAUGGAAACAACUCAAGUUCAUAGCAGCCAGCCUGCCGCCAUUUGGACCUUCCUUUUUAAAGCUGAGACCACAGUUCCCACCAGCUGGUCUCAAGCUUCAGAGGACUGCUCAGGACUGCCGCCUUUCAGUCUGUAAACAGACGCCAGUGCCCUUUACCCUCACUCAGACAGGGGGACCGAACCUUCCAUGCUGAGGCUGCAUGCUACCGCACUAAGUCAGUACAUUGGCUCCCUGGUUAACAGCUGUCGUCUGAGGCAGCACACGAGAGCGAGUCUGAAUGGACCCACGUGUAAUCUGCUAUGAAAACCAUUUGUAUAGUGUGUUUCAUUUUUUUAAUGUGUGAAAAUAAAGAAAAUUAAAGGAUUUCUGUACAAGUUG